AGUCUAACUAAUUCAACAACAUGCCAGCUGAAGAAUCGUGUAUUGCCACCGUCAAAGAAGACACCGGCGAUUCCCGGCAGGAAUCGGACGGGAGCAGCUUGGACACAAGGACUGGAAUUUACAGUUCACUGUUCCAGUUUGGUGAAUAUCAUAGAACACCCUCCAGUCCCAACCUUCACACUGCCUCAUUCGUGCUCUCGCAAUUCCCCCACCCUUACCAUGCCGACUCAAGAGUGGCAUUCAUUGACGCUGUUUCGAACCGGCAGCUCACCUACGGACAACUCCGCCGAUCAAUCCGAGCACUUGCCUCCGGUCUUCACCAUGUUGGGAUCAACAAAGGCGAUGUUUUCUUUGUUCUGUCCCCUAAGUCACUCUCAUACCCUGUAAUAUGCCUCGUCAUUUUCUUAAUUGGUGCGGUUCUCUCACCCGCCAACCCCAUCAACACUGCUUCGGAAAUCGCCAAACAAGUAGGAGAUUCCGGCGCAAAACUCGCCAUUUCCGCACCCGAGGAACUUCACAAGCUGGUGCAAACAGGGGUGUCUACGAUUAUUACUAGUCACGGACACGGCGGCUAUACCGUGCUCCUCCGGCACCUCCGGAACAAGCAAGGGUGUAGUAUUAACGCAUGCAAAUUUCAUAGCCAUAAUCAGACUCCUGAGAUGAGGUUUGAUAUGGAAGCCAUGAUUGAUGCAAUUCAAGCUCACAAAGUGAACAACAUUCCCGCCGUUCCUCCGGUGAUCCUUGGCCUAGUGAAGCAGGGAAGAUUGGGAAGUAGAUUGGCAUCCCUGAGGAGGGUUGGCUCAGGGGCUGCACCAUUGAGCAAGGAAGUGACCUCUGCAUUCAGGGAAAGGUUUCCGUGGGUGCAGCUGAGGCAGGGCUCUGGUCUGACUGAAACAUCUGGGGAGGCAACAUUUUUCGUAUCGGACGAGCAGGCUAAGGCGCGGCCAGAAGCCACCGCCACGAUCCUUGAUAAAGAUGGGUGGCUGAGAACUGGAGAUCUCGGUUACUUCGAUGAAAAUGAAUUUCACUACAUUGUUGAUCGGAUUAAGGAGCUUAUCAAGCAUAAUGGGUGUCAGGUAGCUCCAGCAGAACUGGAAGCAGUACUUCUCAGUCAUUCCCAAUUUUGGAUGCUGCAGUUUUACCGUGAGUUGCAACCGCAAAAAUGUCUACUUUCUCUGUUUCUUCUCCUCUGAUGCCGAUGACUGCCCAGGGUUGAAGAUGAGGAAUCAGGACAGAGCCCAAUGGCAAAUGUAGUCUGAGCAACUGGGUCUGAAUUCACCGAAGCACAAGCCAUUGAGUUUGUAGCUAGACAGGUUGCCCCUUAGAAGAAAGUAAGAAGAGUGGGAUUCAUCAGCACCAUUCCUAAGUCAGCUGCAGCAAAAAUCUUGAGCAAGCAAUUACCUUCGGAAAGCCAAAAGCAGAUUCUGUGCAAAUUGUAACCUGUUUUUGAGUUGCAUCUGUAAUUCACUCUGGCUAUGAAGAUUAGAUAAAGGAGUACAAGCUUUCCUAUAAAUUAAUAGUUCACCU